CACCCAGCUAGUCAAUUGGCGACGUGUACCCGGUAUCUGGAAGUGUUCAGGUAUCUCACCUCUGCGGGGUUACGAGCUGCCACAAAACACCCAAAAAGCCUUAAAACAACGAAAGCAUGGGAGGAUCGCAGAGUGUGGAGAUACCGGGAGGAGGCUCCGAGGGCUACCACGUCCUCCGGGUUCAAGAGAACUCGCCUGGGCACCGUGCUGGUCUGGAGCCUUUCUUUGACUUCAUUGUCUCCAUCAACAACACCAGACUGAACAAGGACAACGACACUUUGAAGGACUUGCUGAAAGCGAGUGUAGAGAAACCAGUUAAGAUGCUGGUUUACUCCUCAAAGACCCUGGAGCUGCGGGAGUCCACUGUCACACCCAGCAACCUGUGGGGAGGGCAGGGCUUGCUUGGUGUCUCUAUUCGUUUCUGCAGCUUUGAAGGAGCCAAUGAGAAUGUUUGGCACGUACUGGAAGUGGAGCCAAAUUCCCCAGCAGCCAUUGCCGGCUUGCGGCCGCACACCGACUACAUCAUUGGAGCCGACACGGUUAUGAAUGAGUCAGAGGACCUGUUCUCUCUGAUAGAGAGCCAUGAGGGGAAAGGCCUGAAACUCUAUGUGUACAACACAGACACUGACAACUGCAGAGAGGUAGUCAUCACCCCUAACAGUGCCUGGGGAGGAGAGGGCAGCCUUGGAUGUGGGAUUGGUUAUGGAUACCUUCACAGGAUUCCCACCCGGCCUUUUGAGGAGGGGAAGAAGAUCAGCUUCCCUGGAAAUAACCCCAGUGAGCCUGUCAGUCCACUGAAGGAUGGAUUCACUGAGGUCCAGCUCUCAGCCGUGACCCCUCCUCCCACUGCUGUCCCCACAGGCCUAGAAGAUUCGCUGUCAGGCCUGUCAAUCACGGCCGCACCCACCAUGCCCAGUGAGCUGCAGACAGGUUUGCCCACAGUCCCUCUGCUCCCCUCCUCCACCAGCCCCUCCCUCAGCCCCCUCACUCCACUGAAUCCUGCCACCACCAGCUUCAACCCUGCCACCACGCUACCAGGUCUGAUGCCACUCCCAGGUGGCUUACCUCCACUCCCUAACCUUCCCAACCUCAACCUGCCACUCCCAGACCUCAGUGCGGUGUCACUCGCAGGCUCCAGCACUUUACCGCCGCCUGUAGGAACGACAGCGGUCCCACCUCUGGCCCCUCUCCCACCCCUCAACUUGCCAGGUCUGGCUGCGUUCCCUCCUCUACCCACUAUGCUGCCCUCCCAGCUGCCCCCUCUCCUGCCCCAGGGAGUGGCCCCUCUCUUACCCACCUCCGUCACCGCCGCUCCCGCCACGGUCACAGUCACAGCGGCGCCCGCCGCCGACUCCACAGCACCCACGGAAGCCGUCUCCACGAACGCCACGGAAGCACCGGCCCCAACGGAAACAACACUAACGUCGUCGUAACCUGGGAACAAAGACCCCGCUUGCCAUCAAAACCAAAACACACACACACAACCGGUUUCUCUCUUUCCUCUGUCUGUCUUUCUCUGUGUUUUUCUAUUUAUUUGGCCAAGAGGGAGAGGCAGACAGCUGCAUCAGUUCAGACACAGAGCUCAGCAGGCUCCAGUUAAAGGUGAGGAAGCUUAUGUGGAGCGAUGAAGGAUGAAUGGAUAUGAAAAAUGGAGGACAGAUGUAGACUGGUCUUACCAACACGUUUAUUACCAGAUUGCCGCUGAGCUUGCCUAAGCUACUGUGCGAGGAGGACGAGGUCUGCCCUUUGGUUUGUAGUUUGCUUCGCACUUCUGCAGUUACAUCAAAGCAAAGAACUAUCUUAGGAUUUUCCCCCUUUCUGAUCUGGCAGUCCUCUCUGUUUCACACUUAGGUUUUUUUUUAUAUAAACAGUGUAUGUUAAUGGGGCUGGACGAUAAAUUGAAUUCACUGUAUAACUACCCACAUCACCGCUCCCUUGUCAAAUUCCAGUCAGCUCAUGGUCCAGUCCAGUCAUUGAACUGGUCAUACUGGAAUUGAAUAAGGAUAAAGAAGUGGGCCGGCACAGGGAAUGAUCAUGCACUGCUGUAUUAAAAAUGAAUUCAUUGUGUUAUAGAUUUUGGGUGUCGUUGUCCAGCCCUAACAUGUAACCUUUUAUUACUUAGUUAAUAGACCCCCUCUGACCAGUAGAUUCAUUUGAUUGCCGUGUAUUAAUUUUUGUUUCUCCACCCAGUGAAUGAAUCUGCAUUAUUUUGCACCACGUUUGUGUUUUGAAAUUAUUAGUCUGUCCCUUCUUGUAUGUCUUCAUAUACAGCCAGAACUCUACAGUACACACCGUCUCUACCACACAGAGACGGCCACGGCCUGACGGGCCAUGCCAGAAGAGACGGAGGUUUACAGUUACAAGAGCUGCUGAGUGGAGAGAGAGUGUGUGUUUGCUUUUGGGUGAUGAUUAGUCAGGUGAAACAUGGCUAUAGAGUUAUUAAAUACACAGUACGUCUCCUCCUGGCAUGGUCGAAGCGAAUUGGUAAGCAGAGUUGCAGUGAUGCAGUACAGCCACAAGGUGUUGCUGUGACAAAAGUCUGUGGAAACAUCUGAAGUAUGCACAGUGCGAGCAAUAAAGCCAAAUUCCGUUUA